GGGAGUUGGUGGGGGAAAGGGGAGGUGCCAGAGAAAGCAGUGGGUCACUCUCUCACCCAUUGACCACCAGUCUCUCUCCCUCUUCCUUGUCCCCAUCUCACCUUCUUCCUCGGCUUCUGCCUCUCACCUCCCUCUCUCUCUUCUCCAAGCAUCCUCCCUACGCGUCUGCACCCGCUCCUCCCUCGCACCCUCCCGCGCCUAAGCGGACCUCCUCGGGAGCCAGCUCGGUCCAGCCUCCCAGCGCAGUCACGUCCCAGCACCUGUUCGGCUGAGCCGGCAGCAUGUGGAACGCGACGCACAGCGAAGAGCCGGGGUUCAACCUCACACUGGCAGACCUGGACUGGGAUGCUUCCCCCGGCAACGACUCGCUGGGCGACGAGCUGCUGCAGCUCUUCCCCACGCCGCUGCUGGCGGGCGUCACAGCCACCUGCGUGGCGCUUUUCGUGGUGGGCAUCGCUGGCAACCUGCUCACCAUGCUGGUGGUGUCACGCUUCCGCGAGCUGCGCACCACCACCAACCUCUACCUGUCCAGCAUGGCCUUCUCCGAUCUGCUCAUCUUCCUCUGCAUGCCCCUGGACCUCGUUCGCCUCUGGCAGUACCGGCCCUGGAACUUCGGCGACCUGCUCUGCAAACUCUUCCAAUUCGUCAGUGAGAGCUGCACCUACGCCACGGUGCUCACCAUCACAGCGCUGAGCGUCGAGCGCUACUUCGCCAUCUGCUUUCCACUGCGGGCCAAGGUGGUGGUCACCAAGGGGCGGGUGAAGCUGGUCAUCUUCGUCAUCUGGGCCGUGGCCUUCUGCAGCGCCGGGCCCAUCUUCGUGCUAGUCGGGGUGGAGCACGAGAACGGCACCGACCCUUGGGACACCAACGAGUGCCGCCCCACCGAGUUCGCGGUGCGCUCUGGACUGCUCACGGUCAUGGUGUGGGUGUCCAGCAUCUUCUUCUUCCUUCCUGUUUUCUGUCUCACGGUCCUCUACAGUCUCAUCGGCCGGAAGCUCUGGCGGAGGAGGCGCGGCGAUGCUGUCGUGGGCGCCUCGCUCAGGGACCAGAACCACAAGCAAACCGUGAAAAUGCUGGCUGUAGUGGUGUUUGCCUUCAUCCUCUGCUGGCUCCCCUUCCACGUAGGGCGAUAUUUAUUUUCCAAAUCCUUUGAGCCUGGCUCCUUGGAGAUUGCUCAGAUCAGCCAGUACUGCAACCUCGUGUCCUUUGUCCUCUUCUACCUCAGCGCUGCCAUCAACCCCAUUCUGUACAACAUCAUGUCCAAGAAGUACCGGGUGGCAGUGUUCAGACUUCUGGGAUACGAACCCUUCUCCCAGAGAAAGCUCUCCACUCUGAAAGACGAAAGUUCUCGGGCCUGGACAGAAUCUAGUAUUAAUACAUGACCUAGCACAUUGCUGAGUACAGUCGCCGCUUACUACUCUAAACCGGAAGACAUAGCACAGCAGAACUUGGGAGGAAGCUGAAGGUUAAUUUUGGAAUUAGGAACACAUAGAUCCGGAAACAUAUGGGAGGGAAAAAAGACAUCAUUUGUAGGGUGUGAGCAGUUUGAUUUGAUUGCACACUUAUCAGUGCUCUCAUACACUAUUUCUGCAUAUUCACUGCCUAUGAUUUUGCAUUCUGCUGCGGGUGCUGGUGAGGGCUUUGCAAUUCAGAGAAAGGAGGAAGAGCAGAGUGAGCAAUUAGGGCACUUCUUGGUAGGUAAAUACAAAUUUGCUUUGCUUUUUCAUAAUGAUCAAAAUUAUUUGGUUAAAAGAAUGACAUUACAAUACAAAAUUUAAAAUGUAACUUUUAAAAACUAGCAAUUUUCAUAAAGCUCUAGAGCAGUGAUAUCCAAGAGAAAUAUAACAUGAGGCACAUGAGCAAUCAAUACAAAAAUUAUUAAAAAGAAAUUUACAUUCUUUUUUUCACACUAAGUCUUUGAAAUCUGGCAUGCUUUUUACACUUACAGAAUCCCUCAAUUUGGACACUAAGUUUUCAUUGGUAAUAUUUGAUGUAUUUAGAUUUCAUAAAAUUUACAGAUAAAAGUAGAUUCAACAACCUAAGUUGUCUAAGCACACUUAAAAGUUUUCCAGUAACUGAAACAACUGUAAACCUUUAAACUUAAAAUUAAUUAAAGUUAAAAAUUCAGUUCUUCAGUUGCACUAGUCACAUUUCAAGUAUCCAGUAGCUCAAGGUUACCACUCAGAACAGUACAGCUCUAGAGUAUAUACAAAAAUUAUCAUUCACCUUAUAUAUUUAAAAAUAAAUACUGUUUCCUUAAAAUGUUUUUAUAGUGAUGUUCACACAGCAGAAUUUUAGAGUGAUGAAUACUAAAAAUCACACCUAAAUGUCCUGUUCUGUAUGCUCAGAAGAGAAUGGAUAUGAAAUGUAUAACAUACAUUUUAAAUUAAGUGGAGUUGCACGUGUUAAUAUUCAGGAAAUGAAACUUUUUAAAACAAUUAUGGGUAAUCACAAACUGCCUUAUAUGGCUUAACAAAAAUUUUUAAAUCAAUUAUAAGGCUUCAAUUUGUGAAUAAGGGAACAAUUUGUAACGUGCUCUGGCAAGCUUACAAGAAAGUUAAUGAAUAUAGAAAUUUUUCAAGUGAUGAAGGCAGGCUUAUGUGAAAAACUGAGAAUCCCCUAAAUGCCACUGCUUAUUGAUAUUAAAAACUUUCAAAAAUCUUAUAACCAUUUAUUUUUAAAUGCCUAUGCUGUGUCCUGUCUCCAAAUUAGUUUUGCUGCUUAUAUCCCAUUGCUUAUCUGAUAGAUAUGAUUACCUGGACUUCCAGACCCUCUCUUAAUUGUAAUUAUGAAUGAAUAGACAUCUUCAACUAAAUAUUAUACAUUUGGUUAUAAGUAUAUAAUUUUCAUUUAUAUUGACAUUGCUGCCUAUACAGUCAACUCUUUGCAUACUAAAGAUAUUAACCCAAAAAUAACUUUUUCAUAAUCCUGUGCAAUACUUAGUCAUAUAUGCAGCUCCUUCAUGAAGUUAUUGGUUCACAACUAUGGAAUGGAUGGAGCCAUUUAGGGAAAUUCCUGCCAUGACUGUUUUUUCCUUCAUCAAAAAGAAAGAUAAUCAUGAUGAAAUAAUUGGUUGAUUAUUUAGUUUGGAAACAUCCAAACACAAUCAUAAUUAGAAUUAUUUCUUCAGAAAAAUAUUUCUGAGAUUCAUUCUGACACUAAAACUGCACCACCAGUGUGGUCUAAAUACAGAACACUAGCAAGGUGAUUAUGUAGUUAAUUCCUAAGAGUGCAUCAAUAUUUAAAAAAAAAACACUGACUCAUUUAAGUUCAUGGGAUACUAAUUAGGGCAUU